AUGGAAGUCUUCCUUCAAGCUGGGAGAUGUCAGAACCCUGAUCUUAUCAUCGAAUUAGCUGUCUUUGAUGGUACAAAACCGUGUGUGGAUGCGACUGAGAUUCUUGGAUUUCAGAAACGAGGUGGCGACAAAAAAGCAGUUUCGGCCGAGAAUUCGCCGCUAGCCGAAGUACAAAUCUACACAUGGCACACACACACACACACACACACCGGCACAGAAUACUGUGUACGUAGAGGAGUUCGAGGUUGA